UCUAAAGUCAUCCAAAAAAUUUCUAAAUCCAUGGCGAGCUCGCCGCGAUCCCCGCCGGAGUUCGAAAUCUCGCGGCAGUCCCGUCUCCUCGCGGCGCUGUCGAAGAAGGUGAUAGAUCUCGAUGAGCUGAGGAUGCUGGCUGCUCAGGGAGUUCCGGACGGCGCCGCCGUCCGUCCGACUGUGUGGAAGCUUUUACUGGGCUAUGUACCGAAUGAUCGCGCACUGUGGGAGCAGGAGUUAGCAAAGAAGAGAUCACAGUAUGCAGCCUUCAAAGAAGAGUUCCUUUGUAAUCCUGUAGAUGGAAAUUGCACGGCGACAGGAUUAGAAGGUCAAGGGAGCGAUUCUGCAGGGAACAUCAAUAACGGGUUGCUUCAUAGGUUGGAGGUAACCAAAGAAGAGCACCCAUUGAGCCUUGGGAAGACUAGUGCGUGGAAUCAGUUCUUUGAGUAUUCAGAGAUUAUGGAGCAAAUUGACCGUGAUGUGAAGCGCACUCACCCUGACAUGCAUUUUUUCUGUGGAGAUUCGUCUUUUGCAAAGUCCAAUCAGGAAUCUCUGAAAAAUGUACUGAUUAUAUUUGCAAAGCUAAAUGCUGGAAUACGUUAUGUACAAGGGAUGAAUGAAAUUUUGGCACCGCUCUUCUUUGUGUUUCGGAGUGAUCCAGAUGAUAAAAAUGCUAACUUUGCAGAAGCUGAUUCUUUCUUCUGCUUCGUGGAGUUACUUAGUGGGUUUAGAGACAACUUCUGCCAGAAACUAGACAACAGUGCUGUUGGCAUUCAAGGUACUCUCUUAAAACUGUCGCAACUUGUUGCGAAGUAUGACGGAGAGCUUCAGCGUCAUUUGGAAAUAACAACAGAAAUUAAUCCUCAGUUCUACGCGUUCCGGUGGAUUACUCUACUGUUAACCCAGGAGUUCAACUUUGCUGACACUAUUCAUAUAUGGGACACACUAUUAAGUGAUCCUGAUGGUCCUCAGGAGACCUUGCUCAGAAUCUGCUGCGCAAUGUUGAUUCUUGUCCGGAAACGCCUAUUGGCCGGUGAUUUCACUUCCAAUCUCAAGCUCCUGCAGAACUACCCCCCAACAAACAUCAGCCACCUCCUUUACGUCGCAAACAAGCUGCACUGAACUGAAAGCUGAACCUCUUCUGAAAGACUGGAAGCAACCGACCCUCUGCUACACUCAUUCAGUUAAAACUGUAACCGCAUUGCCCCCAGCUAUAUUUAUUCACUUAAAACUGUACUAACUGCAUUGCAGAACCACGUAUCCUUACGAUGCUAAAUACAACAGCUCGUUACAAUGCUAAUUACAACAGCCAGUCUGCCUGCUUCAACCAAAUCUGGGACACAAGCCAUGAUUCAUCCAUCCAUCCAUCCAGGAUUCCAGUUUGACAUGGGCAGCACUGCAACAGUGAAUAUCCAUCCAUCCAUCCGUUACUGCUGCUAGUGCCAUCCUCCUGUGCCUCCCUCCAAAAGUCACACACUACAGAGAUGGAACUGGAGAGUCCAUGUACACAUAUAAAAACGAGCAUGCACAGACAUGCGUAUCAGUGUAUGGUGUAUCUUUCUUUCUACCACUGCUGGCCCAUCAUCCUGGAACAGUGCCGUUCCGGUAGGGGAGAAGCAGAAGCUUCACCGGUGCCCGAAAGGCUACAGGAGCUGGCAGGCUACAGUUGCUGCCACUCCAUUUCUUUCCCCCAUUUUGAUCCCCAGAAACGCGGGAAAAAACGCAGAAACUUUUGCUUUCCGUGCCCUUUUUUUUCCUUUGUCGUAGCUAAUGGCGGCCCAUUUCGGUGCAAGGCGACCUCACCGAGAGGUGCUGGCCUACUCUCGCAGCCUUGCAGUUGCAGGAUUAGUACUGUAGCUUUGCCUGUGCGAAACCACGGCUCUUGACGGAUAGCAGUGUCAAAACAUAUGAGCUGGAGUACAUUUGAUUUGAUAGUGAUUUGACACUUGAGACACGUUAAUUCUACAGGAAAAACUAUGCUGUAUGUA